AUGGGUCCGACGGUAGUCUUGAACGAGACGCCACUCCAUGAGACAUCGGCAUUGGAUUCACCUAUGGAUUCCCCGAUGAGUCAAGACUCACCUAUCGAAAAGGAGCCGAUGCCUAUUGGGAGGAAGGCGGCGAAGGCGAAAAGAGGGAGUAAUUCUACCAAGAAUGCAUCUAAAUUUUUGGAGGAAAUUUCAAAGAUGCAAGCCAUGAGAAUUGAAAUGGACAUGAAACAACAAGAGCACGAUAGGGCAAUUGAUGUAGAAUAUGCAAAAGAAAGGGAGUAUGUACGCCAAGAAAAGAUUGAAAAAAAGGAUCGGGAAACCAUGGCCAUGGAUACAAGCUAUAUGUCCCUUGAAACAAAACAAUUUUGGAAGCUAGAACAAAGGGAUGUUAUGAGACAAAGACUUUUUCGUGACGAUGUUCCUAGCAACACGGAUUGGUUAAAUGAUCAAAACCAUUAA